UAAAUUCUCCGCUGAGGAACGACAGAAACGUCGCAUGGAGGGUUCAUGCUUUUACUGCGGCGUUCAGGGUCAUUUAGUUUCUCAGUGUAAACGGCGUUUAAACUCCCAGACCCCCCGUUGAGUGACAGGCCACGGGGGGAGUAUGUUUCAGCUCGGACUCCUACUACUUUUCUUUAUUUACCUGUCAAAAUCUGCACUAAAACUGACAUUCACAGUACCAAGGCUCUCAUAGAUUCAGGAGCUGAACAGAGCCUCAUUGAUUCAGAUCUCGUCACUAGUCUUUGUCUACCCACAGAACCUCUCGAACACCCUGUAGAAGCUUCUGGUUUAGGGGGUCAACCCCUUUCACGCAUUACUCAUCGAACUAAACCCGUCCAAAUUCUAAUCUCUGGAAAUCAUCGUGAAAACAUUCAGUUCUUCAUCACUCGCUCUAAACACACCCCCAUCAUCCUGGGGUAUUCCUGGCUAAAGCUCCACAAUCCUCAAUUUAACUGGUGUCUUGGUCAUAUUACCAAUUGGAGUCCUUACUGCCUGGCCAACUGUCUUGCCUCUGCCAUUCCCUCCACUUCUCGUCCGUCCUCUGAACCCUCAUCUAACUUAAAUCUGGACAACAUCCCUGCCUGUUACCAUGACCUCCAUGAGGUCUUUAGCAAAACCAAGGCCUGUGCUCUGCCACCUCAUCGUCCGUACGACUGUGAAAUCAAUUUACAACCUGGUUCCACCCUCCCCAAGGGUAGGCUGUUCAAUCUUUCCAGACCUGAAAGACUCGCUAUGGAAAGCUACGUUCAGGAGGCGCUUUCUCUGGGACAUAUACGACCCUCAUCAUCACCCGUCGGCGCAGGAUUUUUCUUCGUAGAAAAGAAAGACAAGACUCUACGCCCCUGCGUCGACUACAGAGAACUCAACCAAAUCACGAUCAAGGAUAAGUACGCUCUACCUCUGUUUCCAUCCCAGGAACUAGAUUUGGCGGCGCCGUCGGUCCAGGAACAUCUCCAGCGUUGUCAACGCGUCUGGCGCCAGACCACAGAAGCUCUCCUCCGCACCAAGGAGAGUAACUGUCGCAUCGCCAAUCGCCACAGGGUGGUGGGUCCCGAGUACCAGCCUGGGCAGAAGGUUUGGAUCUCCGCCCGCAAUAUUCCUAUUCAAGCUCACUCCCGCAAGUUGGCUCCCCGGUUCAUUGGACCUUAUACCAUUGAGAAAGUCAUCAAUCCUACCUGUGUCCGUCUACGCCUCCCUCGAGCUCUCAAGGUACACCCCUCAUUUCACAUCUCGCAGAUUAAACCCGUUCAGGACAGUCCUCUGUGCCCGCCGUCCGCUUCCCCACCACCCGCCCGGGUCAUCGACGGCGCCCCCGCCUAUACUGUGAGCCGGAUUCUGGACAUCCGUCGUCGGGGUCGCGGGCACCAGUUCCUGGUUGACUGAGAGGGUUACGGUCCUGAGGAGCGGUCUUGGAUCUCGCGCUCUCUCAUCCUGGACCCGUCCCUCAUCGAGGAUUUCUUCCGGCUCCAUCCUGAUCGCCGUCCUGGACCGCCUGGAGGCGGUCGUUGAGGGGGGGAUACUGUCACGGUGCCUCUGUCAGGUUCCUCCCCCCUCCCCUCUCUGCUUGGCCUAAUUCUCCGCAGCUGCCGCCACUCAUCUCAUCAGUCUGCCUGACCUUCAUAAGGAGCUCCAGGACCAUCAUUCAACGCGAGUUCGUUGCCCCUAAUGGAAUACUCACAUCCACGAGUGAGCGGUCAAGCGGACGAGUCAAGCAAACUCCCAACCACACUCACCGUCUGCAGUGGAACGCUGUUGGAAUUUCCCGGCUCCU